AUGACGUAUAAUAUUAGUAUUGACCCUGAUGUGGAUGAUAGAGAAUACGUCUUUGGCGAUCAAGAGAGCCCCCAGAGCACAGACGCCGAGCAAACUACCCAACAGAACCACUCGACUAUCUCAACGGACGAGACCCAGAAGAGUCAAACCGAGGUGUUGAAACUUUCAGCCCUGCGCCAGCGAGAAAACACCCAAAAUACUAGCCAACCGCCUGAGACAAGCCGAAAAAAAGGCUAUCACAACCCAGAACUGGGACAUGUAAUUGAAGAGCGAGUCCCAACAGAAUAUUACUUUGACGAGCACGAAGCGCUCCCCCGAAGCCUUACCCGUGAAUACCCCAGGUUUUUUCCAGAACUCUCCUCACUUGUUAAAGAUCGAGCCAUGCCAUACAAUAUUAAAAUGAACGAUCAUGUCAAUAUGAGCGACGAUCUUGCCGCUGUCGAGAAUAAGGUCUUGCGACAGCAAGUGGAUCUCUUGCAAGCCAAGCUGAAGAGAUACGAAUCGGCGGAAGUUAACCCCCCCAAGGUUUCAAUUCCUGUAUCAACUUGA